CAAGUUCAAGCAAAGAUGCGUGGUGUUUCCAGUGCAACAAGUGCUGCGGUAUUGCUGAUGCAAGUUGCGUCGUGGUGGGUAGGUAGCGAUGCUGCUCUCCCGGUUGUAAAAGAGGUCGUGACGGGCACUAUUUUUCGCAAGUCGAGCUACUUGACGGUGGACCAAUACACGUUGAACGUUGCAGCGUCGACAGCUAUUGUGGAGAUCGACCUGCUGUCGAUGGAGACGGCUGACAACAAGACAUUCACAGAUGUGAAUGCUGACUGCGACUCGGCGUAUAUUGAUCCUCAAGUCUACCUAUUCCAGAGACAAACGGACGGGUCGCUGGCCUUCGUGGCCACUAAUGAUGAUACUGGCGACGACAACAGCGUGUACUUCAGUCGUGGACGUACCGAUGGGUCAGUAUCGGCACAAGAUUCCUACUUGAUCCGGCAGGUCAGUCAAGGCACCUACGUUCUCGCUGUCGGUCGUUAUCCACUGAGUCAAGCUGCAGCAGCUGCUGGUCGAAGCACCGACAGCGUAAAUGAUUUUUCGCCUUACUUCUGCAUGGCACGAAAGGCCAGCUAUGGCAACUACAAGAUGACAGUGCGCGUGCAGUCAACGUCGACCCAGAACGUUAUUGCCAAGAAGGCAAACUCGUAUGUUGGCAACAGUUGCAGCGUGCCGUCUUCGGUCACUGCCGAGUGCGCCUACGCGUUGCCAGCGAACAUCGGCAGCGACAUUCUAAGGACUUGUAGCUACGACAAGACCAUUUACUGA